AGGCUCGCAAAGCGCGUCCGCCCGCCGACGUCUGCGAGUGCGUGGCUCGCGCGGCCAGAACGUGUCGUGGACGUCGGACGUUCUACGGAGGAAGGCCGAGUCCUGCCCUCGUCCUGGGCGCGGGCGCUGGCUGCGAUUGUUGGGGUCACUGAGGAGAGUGACUGCGCCUGAGAGCCCAGGCCCCACCACACGCAGUCCUUCUGUGCCCAGAGUUCACUGCAGACCCUCCUCUUGGCAGCAUCCGGAGAGAAAAAUACCCAUCUUCUAGAAUAUGGCAGCCCCUGGGAUGAGCACCAGGACAUAGUAAGAAAGUGCUCAUCGUCUACGCACACCAAGAGCCCAGGUCUUUCAACGGGUCCCUGAAGGAUGUGGCGGUGGCGGAACUGAGCCGGCAGGGCUGCACCGUCACCGUUUCUGAUCUCUAUGCCAUGGACUUUGAGCCUAGGGCCACGAGGAAAGAUAUCACUGGCGCCCUCUCCAGCCCCGAGUUCUUCAGCUACGGUGUGGAAGCGUACGAGGCCUGCAAGAAGAGGUCUCUGACCAGCGACAUAAUCGUGGAGCAGAAGAAGGUCCAGGAGGCCGACCUAGUGAUGUUUCAGUUCCCGCUGUACUGGUUCAGCGUGCCGGCUGUCCUGAAGGGCUGGAUGGACAGGGUGCUGUGCCAGGGCUUUGCCUUCGACAUCCCGGGAUUCUAUGACGACGGCCUCCUCAAGGGUAAACUGGCCAUCCUGUCCAUAACCACGGGCGGCACGGCCGACAUGUACUGGAAAACUGGAGUCAGCGGAGACUUCCGAUACUUCCUGUGGCCCCUCCAGCACGGCACGCUGCACUUCUGUGGAUUUAAAGUCCUUGCCCCUCAUAUCAGUUUUGCUCCUGAAUUUGCAUCAGAAGAAGAAAGAAAGGGGAUGGUGGCCUCCUGGGCGCAGAGGCUGAAGACCAUCUGGAACGAGGAGCCCAUCCCCUGCUCGCCCCCCUGGUACUUCGGGCAGUGACCUCGGGGCCACGCCGGGAGGUGCUGGUGUGUGUAAUAAACAACGGCACGACAGAGCAGCAGGUGUGUGGGGUGAUGUGACUGUGUCUCCAGGGUCCUGUAGGCCGACUUGCGGCUCCCGUCACCCGCUGGUUGUCCCGGAUUCUCUCCUGACAGAUGUCCGUAUUCUCCCAGGCUUUCUUUUCAUUUCUAAUAUUUUUCCAUCUCCCUGUCUUCAGCCUUCGCGGGUGGUGGUGUUUCUCUGUAGUUCUGGCUUGGAACUGAAUUUGUUAGGUUUUGUUUUGUUUAAUUCCAUAACUCAACUUGAAUUUCUGUUUGCAUAGAAAAGUGAAGUCUGUUCACAGCUCGUGUUUGAGUGCUCUGUUUGGACUUACUUCUUCCAUCUUUUUUUUUUUUUACUUGCAUCAUGACUGUGAAGUUUUAAUUGAUCAGCCACUUAACAUAUUUUUACAAUCCCUGCGUGCCCGUGACAACGAGGUUUCCAAGCAGUAGUGAGAAGGCAUCCUGUCAGUGUGUGCGAGCUCGGGGAACACGACUGACAGUAACCUCAAGGUGUGGGCACGUGUAGGUGGAGUGUCUCCCCCAAAGCAGGUUUGAGGAAUUAGAUCCCUUCCCCCCACCCGCUCCCCCCAUCGUCACGGUCAUCGUCACUGCCCAGGACAGAGCAGCUGUCUGGGGUCAGGGCCCUUCUGCUCAGUAUCCCAGCCCCGCCCCCCA